AUGAUUAUUAACAAUUAUGUUCAGAGAGUUAAAUUAUUAGUUCUUUCUCGUUCUCUCGUUCGUUCUCCCUCGUUCUUUCUCUCCCUUUUUCUCUCUCUCUCUCUCUCUCUCUCUCUCUCUCUCUCUCUCUCUCUCUCUCUCUCUCUCUCUCUCUCUCUCUCUCUCUCUCUCUCUCUCGCGUUCUCUCUCUCUCUUCUCUUGUUCUCUCUUUCUCUCGUUCUCUCGUUCUCCCUCGUUUUCUCGUUCUCUCUCUCUUCUCUCUCUCUCUCUCUCUCUCUCUCUCUCUCUCUCUCUCUCUCUCUCUCUCUCUCUCUCUCUCUCUCUCUCUCUCUCUCUCUCUCUCUCUCUCUCUCUCUCUCUCUCGUUAUUUCACUCUCGUACUCUCGCUCUCGCUCUCGAUCGUUCACCCUCGUUCUCUCUCGCUCGUUCCCUCUCUCGUUCUCUCCCUCUCGUUUCUCGUUUUCUCUCUAUCGUUCUCUCUCUCUCGUUCUCUCUCGUUUUCUUUCUCUCUCGAUCUCUCUCUCUCUCUAUCGUUCUCCCUCUCUCGUCCUCUCUCUCUCUCGAUCUCUCUCUCGUUCUCUCUCUCUCUCUCUCUCUCUCUCUCUCUCUCUCUCUCUCUCUCUCUCUCUCUCUCUCUCUCUCUCGUUCCCUCUCUCUCGUUCUCUCUCAUUCUCUCUCUCUCUCUCUCUCUCUCUCUCUCUCUCUCUCUCUCUCUCUCUCUCUCUCUCUCUCUCUCUCUCUCUCUAA